GUUUGCUUAUGAUAGUUUUACUAUUUUGUAAGUUUAUUUAGGAAGAGGUACACAAGCACAAUUGUACCCAGUAACGUAUGUGUAAAUUACCUAGGAUAACUCCAAAAAAGUCAAAGUGACUUGAUUUCAAUUGGGGUCCACCCUGGAGGUGGACAAACAUGUCUCUAUGAGCUGGAGGUGGGAGGAAGGACUGAUGGCUAGCUUAUGUUUGCCAGGGAAAGCUUAAGAAACCUGAUAUUGGUAGAAUUACCAACAAUAUGUUAUGUAAAAGGACACACGUGUAAGUUUAUUCAGGUACAGGUACACAAAUAUUAUUAUUAUAAUCAAAAAGAAGCGCUAAGCCACAAGGGCUAUACAGCAGGUACACAAAUAGUUAUAUAAAUUAUCAUACAUAGCAUAUGUGUAAAUUACCUCAUGUAACCCAAAAAAGUCAGACAUUUAUUUCCAUUGGGAUCCUUGCAAUAACUUAUUAUUUAAACAAUAAAAGGAUAUAUACUAGGAAUAAGAUCAAUGGGAAUUUACAAUGUUGGCCCUGCUUAUCAUAACUGGGUGCAUGGCAUUGCUAGUACGUGUAGCAUACAUACUGUACGUGAUCAACUGCUGCAGCCACAUACCACUUAUGGUUGCCAAGAAAACUGUGAAGACACUUAUCGUCCUUGGCUCAGGUGGUCACACUGGAGAAAUGCUCAAGAUGGUUGCCACACUGGAUCCAUUUUGCUACAGCCCAAGAGUUUAUGUUGUGGCUGCUACAGACACUAUCAGUCUAAAGAGACUUUCACAAACAGAGGAAAAACUCAAGGUAACCAAUGGAAGUGGCGAUCAGUUCGUAGUAGAGGUUGUGCCCCGGACACGAGAAGUUGGGCAGCCAUGGGUCUCCACGGCAUACACUGCAUUAUGUGCUCUAAUUUUUUGCAUUUCCGUUGUUGCCCGCCAUCGUCCAUCACUGAUCCUUACCAAUGGGCCAGGAACAUGUGUACCAGUUUGCUAUUCAGCAUUGCUGUUUCGUGUACUUGGUAUUUGCCAGUCACGUGUAGUAUUUAUUGAAAGCCUGUGUCGUGUGCACUCCUCUUCUCUAUCAGGAAGCUUGUUAUACAGAAUAGUAGAUGACUUCAUUGUUCAAUGGCCACAGCUGAAGGAGAAAUAUCCUAGAUCAAAGUACAUGGGUCGCUUGGUGUGAGUCAUAUCAAAUUCUAUUGCACAUUCAUAUAUAUUUUGUUAAUGAUUAAUGUGAGUAAAUUCUCUAGUUUAAUAAUGUAUAAUAAAUAGUCAAUAUAU